AUGUGCAUGUUGCUAGCAGACGAAGGGCUCCGCUCACAACUCUGCAGAGGCUAUGCCGAGACUGAGCCGGCGUCGGAAGCAGGAUCUCUGGCUGCCAUCAACAAAGUCUGCGGAAAAGGACAGUUGAAUGCAGCCUCCGAUGUGCACAAAAGAAUGGGUUUCCAUUCAAGGUGGCCAAUGGUGGGACCUGCACCAGCGGCUCUGUGUCUGUGUGUGAUCAGCAUGCUCCUGGUGUGCCUGCUGCCUCCUGCAUCAUGCACAACCUGCCCUCAAAAAUGCCGCUGUGAGGACCUGCAGUUCUACUGCGACACCCAGGGGCUACAGGCACCCCCAGAUGGCGUGGACAAGGGGGCCCUGGGGCUGUCACUACGCCACAACAGCAUCACUGAGCUCAGCCCGGAUCAAUUCUAUGGCUUCAGCCAGCUCACCUGGCUUCAUCUAGACCACAACCAGAUUACCACGGUACAAGAGGAUGCCUUUCAAGGGCUCUACAAGCUAAAGGACCUCAAUCUGAGCUCCAAUCGUAUCACCAAGUUGCCCAACACAACCUUCAUCCACCUCAUCAAUCUCCAGAUUCUGGACCUGUCCUUCAAUCAGAUGACCGCAUUGGAACCAGAACUGUUUCAUGGACUAAGGAAGCUCCAAAUACUUCACCUUCGCUCCAAUUUACUUCGCACCACACCUGUUCGGGCAUUCUGGGACUGUCGCAGCCUGGAAUAUCUGGGCUUGAGCAGCAACCGUCUACGGAGUCUGGCCCGAAAUGGAUUUGCUGGGCUCAUUAAGCUUAAAGAGCUCCACUUGGAGCACAAUCAGCUGACAAAGAUCAACUUGGCCCAUUUCCCUCGCCUAGUUGCUCUCCAGUUUCUAUAUCUGCAAUGGAAUAAGAUCAACAACCUAACAUGUGGCAUGGAGUGGACCUGGACCACUUUAGAGAAGCUGGACCUCACAGGAAAUGAGAUCCGUGUCCUGACACCUGAUGUGUUUCAAACGCUGCCAAAUUUAAAGAUUUUGCUGCUGGAUAACAACAAACUAAGCAGUCUGGAUCCCAAAGUCAUGGAUAUGUGGCAGUCUCUGGGUACCAUUGGGCUGUCUAGCAACCUUUGGGAAUGUACCAAAAGGAUUUGCUCUCUGGCCACUUGGCUAAGCACCUUUAAGGGUAGGUGGGAACACUCCAUUCUCUGCCAAAGUCCUGAGUAUGCCCAAGGUGAGGAGAUACUUGAUGCCGUUUAUGGAUUCCAGCUUUGCCAGAAUUUUUCAGCGCCGGUUAUUCAGACCAUUAGUACAACAACAGACGCUACUACAGCUGCAGAGAUCACAAGCUCCUUGUUUGGAAUUAUGCAGCUGACCACGACGCAGGACUAUGCAGAGGAUUUUGGGAGCUUUACCACAGUCACAACCACAACAACCACAACACAAACACCACGCACUGCUCAAGCAACGACCACCACAGCGGAAGAGGCAGCUGUAACGGAUGACUUCUCGGCAAUGGACAACACUGUUAUGACUCAUAGGGUUAUCAUUGGAACUAUGGCCCUUUUAUUUUCAUUCUUUUUCAUCAUUUUCGUUGUGUAUAUCUCACGGAAGUGCUGCCCUCCCACCUUGCGUCGGAUACGCCACUGUUCGGCUAUCCAGAACCGCAGACAGAUGAGGACCCAGCAGCGGCAGCCUAUGGCAGAUCUAGCUACACAGGUACCCUAUAAUGAGUAUGAGCCCAGCCAUGAAGAAGGGGCACUCGUGAUCAUCAACGGCUAUGGGCAGUGCAAGUGUCAGCAACUGCCUUACAAAGAGUGUGAAGUAUGA